CGACCUCAGCAAGAUCGCCAGCAACCUCACACUCCACAUCCCAACCAUAUCUGACGAAGCUAAAGCCAGCACCAAGCUAGUGAUCGAUCGGCAGCCAGCAAUGGACAUGAGCGGCUCAUCUUCCUCUUCAACGUCGUCGCACGAGCACUCGGCGGCGACGUCGUGGGCGCCGCCGCCCAAGCGUCCCGCGGGCCGCACCAAGUUCAAGGAGACGCGGCACCCGGUGUACCGCGGCGUGCGGCGCCGCGGCAGCGCCGGCCGGUGGGUGUGCGAGGUGCGCGUGCCCGGCGGCAAGCGCGGCGAGCGGCUCUGGCUCGGCACGCACGCCACCGCCGAGGCCGCCGCGCGCGCGCACGACGCCGGCAUGCUCGCGCUGCUCGGCGGCCGCUCCGCCGCGCGCCUCAACUUCGCGGACUCCGCGUGGCUCCUCGCCGUCCCGUCCGCGCUCGCCGACCUCGCCGACGUCAGGCGCGCGGCCCUCGCCGCCGUCGCGGACUUGCAGCGCCGGGAGGCCGCCGAUUGCGUCGCGACCGUCCCCGUUUACGAGGCUGACACCUUAAGCUCGUCCGCGUCGUCGACCGAGGAUGACGCCGGCUCGUCGGCGACGUCCCUGUCUUCUGAACUGGACGGGCUGUUCGAGGUGCCGGCGGCUGCGGUACUGGGCAGCGACAUGUUCGACUUCGAGUUCGGCUUGUCCGGAGAGAUGGACCUGGGAUCGUACUACGCGGACCUCGCGGAGGGGAUGCUCAUCGAGCCGCCGCCGCCGGAAUUCAGCGAGGUGUGCUGGGACAGCGGAGCUGAUUACGCCGCGCUCUGGAGCUACUGAUGAAACUGA